AUGUGGCUCAUCAAUACCCGAACCCGGCAGCUAGAAGAAUUUCAAAGCGAGCGAGAAGUGAAAUAUGCCAUCCUCUCCCAUACAUGGGGAACCGACGAGGUCUCUUUCCGAGAGAUGAACACCUUUUCCUCCGUCGGGAACAAGCGCAGGUAUCAGAAGAUACUCGUUACCUGCAACCAAGCACUGCAGGACGGGCUCUCCUAUGCUUGGCUGGACAGUGUCUGCAUCGAUAAGUCUAGUUCGGCAGAGCUUUCCGAGGCGGUCAACAGCAUGUGGCGGUGGUAUGAGGCAGCCGAAGAGUGCGAUGUAUGGCUCGAGGAUGUGCCGGCCUCGCAAGCUGAAAAGCAAGCAGUAGACGCCGAGGAGAGGGAGCAUGAUCUGUCCUGCUUUGUGGGUGCAUCGGCUAAAGCGCUCUUCCGUAAAGCACGAUGGUUCACUCGGGGAUGGACACUGCAAGAGCUUCUCGCUCCACGUCGCCUGCAGUUCUAUGAUCAAGGAUGGUCUUGGAUCGGCUCUCGCAGCAUGCUGAGUCCCCUUCUCCACGAGAUUACAACGAUACCCUUACCGCUACUCGAAGGAGGAGAUUCUUCUUGCCGCAUCGGAGAUCUUCUCGGGGAAUACAGCAUCGCGCAGCGCAUGUCUUGGGCGUCAAAGAGGAGCACGACCCGGUUGGAAGACCGAGCCUAUUCGCUGCUCGGGAUAUUCGACGUCAACAUGCCGCUGCUAUACGGCGAAGGAUCGAGAGCAUUUAUGCGGCUGCAAGAGCAUAUCAUGAUGAGCUCGACGGACCAGUCAAUCUUUGCAUGGACUGCAAACGUCGAUGCCAACUCGGACCAGCUCCUCGCACAGUCACCAGCGGGCUUCGAAGGCUGUUCUGACGUGCAUGCCACCUCGAACUGGCAUCCGACUGAGACAUAUGAGCCCACAAAUCGUGGCAUACGGAUCUCACUCCCGCUGAGUACCGCUUCUCCCGGAGCUCAGGGACGGAUAUCAUGA